GCGGCGGUAGCGCGACAGUUUCACUUACGUCAAAACAAUUUACGAUAGCUCUCGGUUUGCUGCGGGAGAGGCUGUGGUCGCCCCGCCGCAGCGCCCGGUCUCCCGCCUCCCCUCCCGCUGAGCCCCGGACACACGGGCGGAUCACCGCGCGCCUAGCAGCUCCCGCUUCGCAAAGCAUGGAGGCGGAGCAGAUUAUGGAGGGACAGCCGCAGGUUCCAGAAAAUCCCCAUUCUGAAUACGGUCUCACGGAAAACGUAGAGAGGAUAGUAGAAAAUGAGAAAAUAAAUGCAGAGAAAACAUCAAAGCAGAAGGUGGAUCUUCAGUCGUUACCCACACGUGCCUACUUGGAUCAGACAGUUGUACCUAUCUUGCUACAGGGACUUGCUGUUCUUGCAAAAGAGAGACCGCCAAAUCCCAUUGAAUUUCUAGCAGCAUAUCUUUUAAAAAACAAGUCACAAUUUGAGGACCGAAAUUAACUCCAUAAAAAUGAGAACAAUUUGGCUGCUAGACUGAAAUACCCAUUUGCCGCAACUUGUUUUCUGCUGUAAAAAUCCUUUGGAACUAUGAUGUUGUCUUUCUUAAUCGCACAAUUUGCUUUACCUUCUGAGUUAUUUAAUAAAGAACACUUUACAUUUAA